AUGUUGAAAGCUUCGAUUAUCGCAGUUACCUUGUGCGCUGCUUUGGUGAACGGACAAGCUACCGCUGGACCUUAUGGACAGUGCGGUGGUCAAGGAUGGUCAGGCCCGACUGAAUGUACCUCAGGCUAUACGUGUACCGUCUCCAAUCAAUGGUACUCUCAAUGCCUUCCGGGUGCUGCUCCAACUACUGUCGCCCCGCCAGUCACGCAACCACCGGUCACUCAGCCGCCAACUGGACCCACUCCAUCCGCACCUGUACCCGCACCUGACGCAACACCGACCUUGAUUCCAGGACACUCGUUCAUUCGAGCAGUCUCAGCCCCUAACUUCCGCAAAUACCUGCGCUCUCAAGUGCGAGGGAGAGCUUCUGAUGCUGUCCUAGGCGAAUACACCGAGGCCGCCCUCUUCCGUCUCGAAAACGGCCAGCUCAUCCAAAACGUCCCAGACGGCUCGGUGCUCUACGCACAUGUUGAGCCGAGAACGGAUUCGAGUAUGAAUAAACUCAAGGUCACUUGGGAGACUACCCAGGCGACGAAUGGGAGAUUUGUCUGGAGUGGGGAUACUUUGGAGUGGAGCAGCCCUUCGGUUAGCAGGCCGCAGAGCAACGCCUGGCUUGUUUGCCCGGACGCCCAGGGUAACAAGUUGGUGUACAUCAACCUUGGACCCUAUGGGUACCAGACCCCGGCGGGAUGCGCUGACCAGACCAUCCAUGCGUAUACCGGACCCAUUGCUGUCCCUUAG